AUGCAUCAAAACUAGCAGCAGCAGCAACUGCCCUAUAUGAAUAUUUAAAUGGGGCCAUAGGUUGGUUAUCAAACUUACUAGUAACCUUAGUAAAUGUAUAUUAACAACCCUCAAGGGUAUAUGCCAGCUUAUUAUUAAUGCUACCAUUGUGGAGAGAAUAUAAACACUAUUGUCACCAGAGAAGUGACAUAGACUUAAUAUCUAUGGUGUAUGGUAGGAGUACUGGUAUUUUUACCUUUAGGCAUUAUUCCAUUCUAUGUUGAUGAUUGCUACAAAUAUCAUCAUCAUUGUCCUAAAUGUCGUGGAAAAAUAGGUUCCUCAUAAAAUGACUGA